AUGGUCGAAGCAACGAAUCCAGAAUUUAAAUUAUCAGCUUUGAAUGACUUCAUUUGUCAAACUUUAAUAUUCACAGAAGCAGUAAAAGAUACAUUACAAUAUGAAUAUUUAGAAGCAAACUAUGCUUUAAAACCUUGGAUAACUAAAACUGUUGUUACUAAAGAUGUUUAUAAGAAUGAUUGUAUUUGCAAUAAGGUAUCAUCUGAAAAUCAAGAUCAAAAUAUUUCUGAAGGGAUAGGCAGAGCAAUACUGGAAGCGCAAAAGUUGAGAAAAAAACUUUCAUCCAACAUUUCAAAACAAGAGAAACUUUUGAAACAAAAGGAAUUAAAUAAGAUAAAUUUACAGAAAGUAUACAGCCGUAAAUCCAUAAAGUAUGACAGUAAAAUGAAAUCUCCUGAAGAAACAAAAUUAAAAUCACUUGAUAAAAAUCUGAAAAACCCAGCAAGUGUUAUCAAAACUGUAUCGAAGACUGCAAUAUCAAAACAAGAUUCUACAGAAGCAUCAAAGUCAUUAUCUACAAGUAAAACAAAUGUUAAAACGAAUAAACCUGAAGUUUGUGCAGCAUCAACAAGUGAAUUAACUAAAUUAAUAGAAGAAUUAUCUUUAGCAUCAUCCAAAAAUAUGUCUACAAAUAUAAAUAGAAAAGAUUGUCCAUUACAUGGAGAAAAUGCUCCUUUAUGUACCGAAGAAAUCUUAUCAAUGGACAUAAUGGAUGCUCUUAAUAAAUUUGGUAUUCCAAAAGAUAUGUUAAAAGUAUUUAGAACUUAUCACUCUUACAUAAAUUUUAAACAUACACAAGAAUCUGUGAAUAAUUUGCAACAUCAAACAGCAGCAGCAGGAUUUUUAAAAGAAUUCAAACUAAUGAACGUUGCAAGCGUCGUUGUGGAAUCCUUUUCUGUAUUGAAAAAUGUGUACGAUGAUAUGAUUGAUAUAGAAAAGAUUGAGAAAUUUGACAAAAGAUUGGAAUCUAUUUAUAAAAUGCAUAAUAUAAGAAAAUAUAAUAUAAAUCCUAACGAAAAAAAUGUGGAACCUCAUAAAACAAGAUUAAAAUAUUCUGAGAUUGCAGGAUGGAUGUCAAAUGGAAUUUGGAAUAGUACGUGUAUCAAGGAUCUUCAAGGAAUGUCUAAAGCAUGCUGUAUACGUUAUAACGAUGUCACACAGUUGUCGUCAUUUUUUGAAAAUCUGCAAGAGUUUCAACAGAAAAAAUAUCUCAAUACGUUAAUAGAAAUUUUGUUGAAAGAUGUAAUACCUAAUAUGAGGCAUUUUUUAAAACUAACAGACGAUGCAUAUGUACAGAUAUAUAAAAUGAUUGAUAUUUUGAGCCAAGAUUAUGUAAAACUAGGUACUCAAUUAAGUCCAGCACUGAUGCAUAACAACAUGAAAAUAAAUACUGUAACACGAAGUACUCAGUACAGCAAAGUAUUCGCUGUUCAUGAGGUAAACACAAAUACUGUAACUUAUAGAAAUAAUGGAAUGUAUCAUUAUGAGGGUGGUUGGCCAAAAGAUAUUAAUAUGAAAGAGGCAGAACAAACAGUUAGAUAUAGACGGAAGAUAGAAAAGGAUGAAUUAUAUAUUCAUACCAUGUUACAGUUAUUACCUCCAAUGGAACAUUGCAUUUUACAAAAUAAUGCAUGCGAUAUUUAUGAACAAUAUUUUAAUGAUACAGAAGCAACGUCAUUAAUACCAAAAACAUUUUCCCGUACUGUAAAUGUAUAUCGUGAUCCUUUAUCAGUGAAACGUCAGAUAACACAUGUUUCGUGGUCACCUGAUCAAGGAACUCGUUUUGCAGCUAAUUAUUGUAAUACUGAUUUUAAAAAUACAAUUAAUUUCAAUCCUACAUCAUACAUUUGGGACAUUGAGAAUCCAGGCAGUCCUUUUAUGACUUUAAAACCAUUUUGUCCGAUUUUAACUUUAGAAUAUAGUUCGAAGGAUAAUAAUGUUUUAGUUGGUGGUUUAAUGACUGGGCAAGUAGCAUUUUGGGAUAUAAGAAAAGGAUGUGAACCUAAUGAAGUUAGUUUAGUUAAUCAGAGUCAUAGAGAUCCAUGUGAUAACGUUUUGUGGAUCAAUUCGAAGACUGGAACUGAAUUUUUCAGUUCUUCAAGGGAUGGACAGAUCAAAUGGUGGGAUACAAGAAAAAUGAAAGUUCCUACUGAAACUUUGGUGAUAGAUUUAGAAAAACCUGAAAAUCAAAAUGUGGAUCAAGCAACUGGCGUAUCCGCGUUACAAUUUGAACCUUCUAUGAGUUCACGAUUUAUGUGUGGUCUAGAAAAUGGUAUGGUAAUAUCCGCAAAUCGUAAGGGAAAAACACCUAGUGAAAAAUUAGCAGUUAGAUUUGAAGUUCAGUAUGGUCCAGUAAUAGGUUUAGUAAGGAAUCCAACAUUUAUUAAAAAUUUCUUAACUAUAGGCGAUUGGACUGCUAGAAUAUGGUCCGAAGAUUGUAGAGAAUCUUGUAUUGCUUGGACUCCAGGUCAUCGACAAUUUGUUAUGGGUGGUUCAUGGAGUGCCACAAGAUUUUCGGUAUUUUUUUUAAUCAAAAUUGAUGGAACUUUGGAUGUAUGGGAUUUGUUAAUACAACAGGAUACUCCGGUUCUUAGUAUAAAGGUAUGUGAUGAAACUCUUACGUGUGUAAGACCUCAUGAACAAGGACAAUUAGUUGCUGUUGCUGGUAGAAAUGGUAUAAUAUAUUUACUCGAAUUAUCGGAAGCACUUAAGAUCAAUCAUAAAAAUGAUAAAUUAUUAUUAACAGCACUACUGGAUAGAGAAACACGAAGAGAAAAAGUGAUCGAAGCAAAGAAUAGAGAAAUAAGAUUGAAAAUGAAAUCUCUUCGUGUUAAUGUUGAUUCAGAUAAUAUGAACGAUCCUUCGAAAAGUAAUAAUCGCGAGGAUUCGAAACAAGAUGUUCUAUGUUCGAAGAAUGCAUUGAUAGAACAAUGUGAACAAGAUUAUAUAAAUAUUAUAGAAGCGGAAAAAGCAAGAAGAUCUGCAGAAAAUGACGUUGAAUUAAACAACAAUGAUAUAAACGGUAAUGAAAUUAUUAAUUAGCUUAAUACAAAUUAGAUUAAUUAACUUAUGUUA